UUAAUUCAAAAACACAAGCUAGGCCAUGCAGAGAUCUCUUCUCACCAUUUUCUAUUGCUUCUCCCUCUCUCUCCCCACUGUGACCCAAUUGCUUCUCUUCUAUAACAAUUUUCAAGAAUGUUCAUUUGAAAAACCCUUUUGUUCAAUAUGAUUAAAGAUUGCAUCUUUUCUCAAUGGGGGUUGGUGUUUUUUUUUUGCAUGCUACAAUAUAUGCUAUGUGCUUUUGGUGUGUGGAUGCUAUUCUAGUUUAUGGGAGUUAGUUUCAUGAAAUUGAGAGGGUUGUUAAUGUAGAGUUCUUCAGUUUAAGCCCUGAGGGAGAGUACACUGUUUCUUAUGAGUGUGUUUGGCUGUUUUUGUACAAGUUAAGGCUUAGAGACUAAUAUUAAUGUUUGAUUCACAAGAUUGAAAUGAGAUAGGAAGGUCUUUAUGUUGGAAUUCUGGACUAGCAUUUGAUAAGAAAUGUAAGGGUGUAAGAUUUUCUUUUUAAAUUGAUGGCCUAUGUCAAAUUCAAUUCAAAGAAAUGCACAUCCAGAUGAGGUUUAAGCAAACCUGGAUUUUGAUAAGUAGAAUGCUGUUCACACAAGGAAAACAGAAUGUUGUAACUCAGUGAAGCAUGAGUAGACGGUAGCCAAAAUUGUUGUGUCAAUUGCUUCGUUUGAUUACAGGAAGGAACCAUCCCUAAAAUUUGCAGUGUAAGUUUUUCAAUUUUCCUGUGUCAAUUUCCCCUCAGAAUGAUGUUUCCUUAAGGAAAAGAGAAUUUCAUAUCUUAAUGAAGCAUAAGUAGAUGGAAGUCAAAGUUGAGGAUUGUCAAUUGCUUCCUUUCGAUUAUUACAAGAAGGAUCCAUCACUAAAAUCUGCUGUAUAAAUCAUUCAAUUUUUCUGUUGUCAGUAAUGGAAGUGGGAGUGGUGGAUCCUUACACAACAAAUCCAGGUCCAAUUGAUGGUUCGGUUCUAUAUGAUCAAGACAAGCAUGUAUCAACAGCAGUUUGGGAAGGGCAGCAGGAGCGCGGUGCCCUCAGAUGUCACGAACACACUUCAAAACUUGAUCAGUGGACACUUACACCGAAACAGAUUGAAUUGGUAGACAAGGCUGGAUUUGGAUACUUAAGGUCAAUUCCAGCUAUUAGUCUAGACAAUCCACUUAUCUCUGCUCUAGUUGAAAGAUGGAGAAGAGAAACAAACACUUUUCACUUGAAUGUUGGUGAAAUGACAGUAACCCUUAAAGAUGCCGCGCUCUUGCUUGGGCUGGCAAUUGACGGGGAACCUGUAAUAGGCCUGACAUAUACCUCAUGCAGUUCCGUUUGUGAAAAGUAUCUUGGCCGAGCACCCGAAUCGGGUUACACAAGUGGCGGGAUGGUGAAGCUAAGUUGGUUGAAGGAGUUCUUUUCUCGAUGUCCUGAUAAUGCUUCAAUUGAAGUGAUCGAGCAACACACUCGUGCUUAUCUUCUUUAUCUUGUUGGUAGCACCAUAUUCUCCACAACUACAGGGAAUAAGGUCCCUGUAAUGUAUUUGCCGUUGUUUGAGAAUUUUGUUAGAUGUGGACAAUAUGCUUGGGGCUCAGCGGCUUUGUCAUUCUUGUAUAGAGCACUAGGAAAUGCAUCGCUAAGAACUCAAAGCACCAUCAGUGGCUGUUUAACACUACUCCAGUGUUGGAGUUACUUUCACCUAAAUGUUGGACGACCAAAGCUCAAUCUCGAUAUGAUGAUGCACGAUCGAUUUCCCUUUGUGCUUAGAUGGAAAGGAAAACAAAGUGGCCCAACUGCAAAUCGCGAUGUGGUGUUUUAUCGGAAAGCUUUGGAUUCCCUAAAACCAUGUGAUGUGGAGUGGCUCCCCUACAGAAACAUGGACAGUAUGGUAAUUCCAGAUCAUAUCAAAAGCACUUUAAUUCUUGGGAGGUCAAAGACAAUGCUAAUAUGCUUUGACAAGGCUGAAAGACAUCUUCCCAAUCGGUGCUUAAGGCAAUAUGGCAUGCUUCAAUCAAUUCCGGAUGAUGUGGAGCGAUGGGAGAGGAAGAGUAGAGGAGUUGACGGCGGGGUUGAUUUAUCCGGAAAAAUGGAAUCAGAGCUUACUGAAUGGAUGGAUCGUCAGCUGCACAUUGUCGACGGGGACGAGGGUGUUGAUGAAAGCGAGUACAUGGAUUGGUAUAUGAGGAUUACCCGCAAGUUCAUAGGGAGGCCUAUUUCUCUGUCAUCAGAGUUUCAGAGAACGAAAAUAAACAAAUCCUUGCAGAAUGCUGGUCUGAGGGAUAUUGCUCACUUAGCCGAUACUUUUUCAACCAAAGGGUUAGAUCCGCAACAAAUAGAAUCAAUAUCUCGGAUAAGAUAUAUUGCACAUGAAUGUUUGAGAGACCAAAUCAGUGGUCCAACAAUAGUAACCGCCACACCUCAAGCCGAACAUGGAAAAAGAGUAAGGGGAAAGGAGAGGGUCAGAAGAAAAGGUGGAGCGGGUAAACGAUUGCGGAAGGAUGGUGUGGUUCAAUAUAAUGUCGUCAGUGAGGAGGACGAACAGCCUCACUUCUAUGGCACCACUAUUGAGGUUGGCCAAUUGCAUCUAAGUCACAUGGAUAGAGAGAUGGAGCAUCAUGCACAAUUAUGUACUGUGGAAAAUGCAGUAAGUUCUGUGCAUAUGCUUCAUGCAGAUGCCGAGAAUAUGCACCUCUGCGACACACACCUUGGGGUUGAUCACUCUGAGCUAGGCUAUGAAGAUGACGAAAACGACGAUUUUAACCAUGAUGAUCUAAAGCAAGAAGCUGAUGAGGAAAUAAAAGAAGAGUUUAACCAUAUGACUUCUGAGCAAAAUAUUGAGGAGCUGCACGCAGGGAAUGAGAUCGAUCAAGAUCUACGACCGUGCGAUCAUAUUAUAAUCGAUGAUUCACAGUUUUGUGAUGUAAGUCACGAGAUCAACAACGCAACACUUUCAGAUGGUGUGGAUGAAGUCAAUCACACACAUUUUGGUGAUCCCAAUGAAGUUGAUCUACAAGAAAUUAAUCCAACGGAAGAUUUUGUUAAUUCUCAACUCUCUCAUGUUAACGAUGAAAGGGAACCACCAUCAUCUGCUAUGGCAGCAAUAGAAGUGUCUCAACAUUCUUCAAUUGAACCUCAUGGUGAUAUUUCCCAGAAAGGUGAUUGUAGUGUUGCUGUAUAGAUUGCAUAGCUUACAUUUAUUUGUAGAAAAGCAAAAUACAAAAAAAAUUUAGGCAGACUUAAUUUUUAUGAGAAGUAAUCAUGCCAUGUAUAAUUAUUUAUAUUCAUUUUUUGAAGCCUAACUUGCAUUUUGGAUCA